ACUGACCCUUGACUUGCAGGACUACAGCACGCAGUCUUGGACAUUGCGCUGCUUGUGAGUUUUGUUCAGGGCUUAAAUGCCCCACGAGCUCAACUGGACCGACUUGGCUAGAUGCUGAGGAAGCCUGCGCAUGUGCCAGAAGUUGCUGCCGCAGACAGCAGCAGUGAUUCGGCAACGCAAAGCAACAACAGCAAAAAAUAUAUGUAUUUGAAUUUUAAACCAUGACAAGGUUUUAAGCAAUGCCUUUCGAGGAGGUACAGGGAGAGGUGGACUGCCGGCCUUAAAUUCCCUGCUACUACUACCAUGAAGAUGAAAGGAACCAACACAUACCAUUGUGUGUGAGGAGCAAGUGUCCCAUGUUUCAUUAGAGUCUCUGUGAAAUGCUGGCCUGUCUACCAAGGCCAGGUGACCUCUCCCUACAGCUUCUCUCCCACACGCAGAUGAACACUGGACUUCAGAAAUGGGACACUACACAGAAGAUGAGGUCCGCUCAGUAUCCAACCCCUGCGGAAUUGGAUGCUUAUGCUAAGAAGGUUGCCAACAAUCCCCUAACCAUUAAGAUCUUCCCCAACAGCGUGAAAGUCCCCCAGAGGAACCACGUGCGCCGGACAGUCAACGGGCUGGAUACCUCGGGCCAACGCUACAGCCCCUACCCCCCAACUCAGGCCAGCACCAAAGCCGGCCUUCUUGCCAUCAUCAAGGUGCCCAUCAUCAAGGGCAUCAUUAAAGACUUUGGUGGCAGUAGAGCACGCCUGCACCCCUCCGAGGUCAUUAUGAACCCCCCUGGCCCUGGGGGACCGUAUGCAGCAACCUCGGCCAGCACUUUAAACCUCCACCACCCUCCUCCCCAAAGGCAGAGCCAGGGCAUGCCCCAGCAGAGCCUGCCCCCUCACCCUGGGGGCCAGGCUCACCCUCAGACUCUACAGCAGGCUCCCCCCAGGCAGCAGGUUCUCAGACACCCGCCCCCCAUGCCCCAGCCGCAGCUCCGCCCCGAGCAGGGUCUCCCCAGGCAACAGACUCUGUCCCGCCCCCCGCCUCCCUCCGGUCCCGCCCUCCUGCUCCAACAGCAGCAGCACCUUCUUCAGCAGGGGCAGGUCCCACCCAGCCUGCAGGGCGGCCGGAAGCUGCCUGACACGGACGCGCCGCCUAACGUGACCGUCUCUACCUCAACCAUUCCGCUAUCCAUGUCCGCCAGCCUGAACCAGAGCCGCCAGGCAGACCUGAGCAGCAUAGUGCACCAGAUUAACCAGUUUUGCCAAGCCCGGGCCCAGGGAGCCGAAGCCACCUCCAUGUGUGAGGGCCAGAUCGCCAAUCCCAGCCCAAUCAGCCGCAACCUCCUCAUCAACGCCAGCUCCAGGUUGUCCAUGCACAGCCACCCGCAGCCGCACCCCAAUGUCUGUCCUCCCGGCCUGCCUGCACACCCAAGCUGCAUCAUGUGCCCCGCAAACAAUGCUGCUGCCCCUGUUCACCCCCAAAACAACAUGGCUGCCAUGAACAGGAUUCCUGUUUACCACACUGAUAUCAAACAGCAGCAGCAGCAGCAACAACAACAACAACAACAGCAGCAUCAUCAUCAACAACAACAACAUCAUCAACAGCAGCAGCAGAUGCGCUGGAAUCAGCACCAGUUGGCUCACCUGCAGCAGAUGCAGCAGGACAGCGGGGUCCACCCCUGUAAGCACCCCUCCCACAUGGGCUACCCCCCAGAGCUGCGUGUGGGCCAGCCCUACACCCUGAAGCCUCCUGUAGAGAAGCCCACCCCCUCCCCACCUAUUAACAGCAGCCACAACGGCAUGGCCGGAGGUCAGCUGGCCCACUACACCAAUGGAGGCCACUACUUCCAGCCCCACGCGGUGUGGAACAGCAGCAUCCUGCCUACGCCCAACAGCGACAGUUCAGGGUCUCAGGACCUGGCCAUGCCCUUCCACGCGGGGCCCCCGGGCACCACUGCUCUAGACUGCAGUGGGGCCCCUGGGGGUGGCCAUUACAGGUCCGGUGCGGCCUCGUCCUCUGGCCAGACUAGUCUGAUGCAAACAGCAGAUUACUUGGGCGGGGACUUCCAGACGCCCUGCUUCCGAGAUCAAAAUCUGGGGCUGAUGGGCAAGAUGCACCGGCCUCCCAUGAACAGGGUGGGACCCGAGGUGGGCCCUGGGGACGGCAGGACCACUCACAUCCAGCACCCAGGGUACAGAUAAGCUACGGCCAGCCUUGUCUACAGAGCAGUUAUCAGAAAAAUAACUUCUAUUAGUCUUAACAAAGCAAAAACAUGAAGUACAAAUAAGUAAACAUGCCGCUAACAUUAAAAGAGGACAAGAUAAUAUAUUAUAAAGAGCAGUGUUUUGGUUUUUCUUUUUUUUUUUGACUUGCAAGUGAUCAAUUGAUUCUGUAGUGCUGUAACGAGGCACCCUCUAGAAAAUGUGUGUGCUUGUCAUCAUUCCCUACAUAUUUUUCACUCUACCUGUUUAUCGGUGUGCCUGGCCUGUCAUUCCUUAGUCUUCUUUUAUGAACACCAACCACAACGACAUGGCCAGAGGUCAACCCGUAGGAGAAUUUAUAUUGAAACCCCAAACUUGCAUAUCUUUUCCUCCUGAAAUCACCUUGGAUAAUUACUUAAAUGAUUUGUAUGAAACUGAAAUUUUCAGUCACUGGACACCACAAGAGACGGCGAUACUGUAUGCACAUGUACAAAGAGACUGAUUUUCUUUUCAGUUUUCUUUUAUUUGUAAAAUAGGACUGUUUGAUUCCUGUCACUGUUAAAAGUUGAUUUCUUUAUCAUCAAAUGAUCUUAUCAGGUUGAUGUUUGUACAGAGUAUAGAGCAGUUCUGUAUAGACCACUGGCUGCCAGACCUUUCAUCUGGGACCUCCUGCCUGGUCCAUGUAUGUCUUAUUCCUGAGCUAGCACACCUAGGUGAUUUACCAACUAGUAAUCACACCUGUAACUGGUGAACCCAGAAUAAUUAGUUCAGGCUGUACCAAUAUUGUGAAACAUCAGGGGGUCCUCAAUAAGAAGUUUGCCAGCCACUGGUAUAGACAUCUAGGUCCUGCAGGGAGCAACUUAACUUGGGUACUGACUGGGGGUGCUGACCAACCAAUGCUCAAAAUGCUGCAAUGAAUUCAGGUGUCCGUUACAAACCAUUUUAUCACCAUUGCCAAUUGAUGUUGGCAGCAUGAUUGUUGAUUAUUAUAAAACAUUUUCUGUAGACAUUAUUAAAUUAAAUCUGUUCAUACUGUUUGAAGCCUUUAAUGGGCAAGUCACAUACAUUACAAGGAUUUAUCGUAAACACAGAAACUAUUACUUGAAUUGUUGCGAUGAUGUUCUGAUGUGAUGUCCUGUUUGGCAAAAUCUUAGUGAAGGUAGUAGGCUUGUUGGUAGGACUAAACUUUACUACUGGAGUGAAAGAGAUAUUAUUGUUACUAAUAUACUAUUAUUUUAUGAGCCAAAUUAGUGUUUUGAUCCCAUGUAAAAGAUAGUUUUCAAUCAUUAUGUGUAACUUACAUUGGUAUAGUUGCUACUGAUUAUGAUAUGAAGUCUGCUGAAAAUACCAAAUUGAUCACUUGCAAGAUCACUUGGAGGUAAACAAAUAUGACUUUUAAGUUGAAGUGAAACGGCAAAUGCAUUGUUUAUUUUACUGUACACUGGCUUACCUACUAUACUACUGUAACUAAAGUGUUAAUGAUUGUGUGUGAAUGAUGCUUGCUGAUGUGGGUUCAGUAUAGGCGUGCGUGCAUGUGUGCGUGCGUGCGUGCGUUUUGUAUGUAUGCUGUGUGUGUCUGUACUGUACGUGCGAGUUGUGGACACUUAAAAAAAAAAAAACACACUUAAAAAGCCUUAAGUAUUUGUUCCUUGGACUUUUCUUUGAAAAGAAGCAUGGUUCUAAAGAAAAUCCAAAACGAUUAUGAGAAUGAAGAUUGAAAGGAUACAUACAGAGGAACAGCAAUUUAUGUUAAUUUAUUUUAAUUCUGUUUUUGUUGAGAAAAAGCUAUUCCUUUAUUUGAGAUUUUGUUUAUUAUGAAAACAGGAAAUGUACUAAUAUUUUUAUUAUAUUUUAAAGCUACGUGUAGUUACUGGGCUGUAACAACAAAAAUCCAUGUUUCAAAGCUUCAGUUGUGACUUAUUUAUAAUACUUGAUUUGCUUUUUAUUUAAACUUUUCUGCUUGUUUCCUUUAAUUGUGAAAUGGAGGAAGGCCCAAAAAGCCUUUCUUUUACAUGUAACCCUGUGGCUGUACGACAGAUGAGGUGAGAGUGUGAGAGUUGUGCUACUCUUUUUGUAAUAUUGUAAUAAUAAAAUAAAAUUCUAAUUUAUGCUUU